AUGGUACAUCCUUUAGCUACUAACAUUGUUGUUCAAGAAGAUGGUGCUGCUUCUUCUUCUGCUAUUUCUAGUCAAGUUUCAUCUGCUCCAAUUUCAGCUACAAAUUCACCUCAUUUAUCCUAUUUAAAUAAUGAUGGUAUUGAUGAAUUACAACCUUCAUUAAGAAAACAUCGAGUAUCAAAUUUAUCAUUAUCAGAUUUAACUCAAUGGCAAUCAGGAUUACAUAAAUUAUCUUCAUCAACUUCAUUAUCAAAUUUAUCAUCGUCAAAUUUAAAAAAAUGUGAUUCUUUAGCAAAAUUAUCCAGAAAUUCUUCAAUUAUUAAAAGAAAGAAGAAAACCGUCAUAGAUCAUGAAAGGGUUGCUAGUUAUGCUUUUUGUUUUGAUAUUGAUGGGGUUAUAUUACGUGGACCAAAUACAAUUCCUCAAGCAGUUGAAGCUAUGAAACGUUUAAAUGGUGAAAAUAAAUAUAAUAUUAAAGUUCCAUUUGUAUUUGUCACCAAUGGAGGUGGAAAACCAGAAAAAGCACGUGCUGAUGAUUUAUCGAAAAGAUUAGAUUGUCAUAUCACUGAAGAACAAAUUAUUCAAGGUCAUACCCCUAUGAAGGAUUUAGUCGGGGUUUAUAAUAAUGUUUUAGUAGUUGGUGGUGUUGGAAAUGCUUGUCGUAAUGUUGCAGAAUCUUAUGGAUUCAAAAAUGUUUAUACUCCCUUGGAUGUUAUGAAAUGGAAUCCAGCAGUAUCUCCAUAUCAUGAUUUAUCAGAUGAAGAAAAACAAUUUGCUAAAGAUGUUGAUUUUUCAAAAGUUGCAAUUGAUGCAAUUUUAGUAUUUGCUGAUUCAAGAAAUUGGGCAGCUGAUCAACAAAUCAUUUUAGAAUUAUUAUUAAGUGAUCAUGGUGUUAUGGGUACUCAAACUGAUACAUAUGAUAAAGGUCCACAAAUUUAUUUUGCUCAUUCUGAUUUCAUUUGGGCUACUAAUUAUAAAUUAUCAAGAUAUGGUAUGGGGGCUUUGCAAGUUUCAAUUGCAGCUUUAUAUCGUGAACAUACUGGUAUGGAAUUAAAAGUUAAUCGAUUUGGAAAACCACAAAAGGGAACCUUUAAAUUCGCUAAUAAAGUCUUAACUCAUUGGAGACAAGGGGUUUUAGAUGAACAUUUAAAGAAAUUAUCAAUUCAUGAUCCAAAUGCUCAUGAUGCUGAUAUUUUAAUUAAUGAAGAAGGUGAUGAAAUUAUUAAUCAAGCAAAAUUAGAAAAUUAUCAUUAUUCUGAUAGUGAAGAUGAAGAUGAAUCUGAAUGGGAAAAAGAUCCUGAUUGUAAAGUUGUUGAUAAAAUUGCUGAAGUUAAAACAUCAGAAAAGAUUACUUUGGAAUUACCUCCUGCUUCCACGGUUUAUUUUGUUGGUGAUACUCCAGAAUCAGAUAUUAGAUUUGCUAAUUCUCAUGAUAUUUCUUGGUUUUCAAUCUUGGUAGAAACUGGUGUUUAUCAAGAAGGUACCGUGCCAAAAUAUAAACCAAAAUAUCAAUGUCAUGACGUAUUGGAAGCAGUUGAAUUUGCUAUUGAACGUGAACAUCAAAAGGAAUUGGAAGAAUGGAAUGAAACUGCCGUGGAUGAUGACAGUUCUGUUUUGGCUGGUGAUAAAUCGCCAAGAAUUAGUUUUGCUGAUUUGGUUAUGACUCCAAGUGAAAGAAAACAACAAGAAGAAGAAAAGUCCAAGAAUGUCAAGUCAAUUCAUGAACAUGAAGCUAUUGAAGUUCCAGUGACUUUAACUCAAGAAAUUGAAAAGAUUAAAGAUCUUAAAAUUACCUCCAAGUGA